CUAGAGGCGUUUGCGUGCUUCUCACUAUGAAAAUCACAGUGAGAAGACGCCAGCGUCCAUAGGAAAGCAUUAUGAAUGCUUUCCUAUGAGACUGGCUGAAUGCGCGCGCAGCUCCUCCCGCGCAUGCGCAUUCAGCCGAAGAGGAGGCGGAGAGGAGGAGAGAUCCCCGCCCGGCGCUGGAGAAAGGUAAGAUUUUAACCCCUUCCUCUCCAUCCAGUCCGGCGGGAGUGUUUUCCUGGCACUAUAGUGGUCAUUUAAUAUUUUGUAAAAACUGUAUAUUUUCUGCCUGUGAUUAAGUUAGUCUAUUGUGUUGAGAUAAUUUUAUCACAAGCAGAGGGGAGGAUUUCUGAUGUCAUGAAUGGGAGUGUUUAGAUGUGUUGUAACAUAUUGAUUGGUUGUACUUCAAAAUCCUGUGGGCGGUACUAUGGUUGUAGAAUCAGCAUAAAAGCAGAGUGUUUGAAUAAAAGUUCAGUUCUACUUCACCCUCAAUUUGGAGUGCCGUCUCUUAUUGGGGGAACCUGCUACAAGGAAUUGCUAUGCUAGUCAUACUCUCUUGUUAUAUUCACUGCUAAGAGCUUGUUCCUGUUUUUGCUCUCUGAAGGAGUCUACGGUGGUUAUGGUGUUUGCUGGCGUGCUGGAAACCCUCAGGAAGCGCUAGGAGCAUCCUUCAAAGGAGGUACCCAGUCGGGGUGCCAGGUGAUCCGUUACAGGGGUUAGAAGGGGAGAGUUUGUAAAGGCUGCAGACAAGAUUAUAUUUAGAUAGAUACACCCUUGUACCGGUCACCCCAUGAGAUGAGGUGUUCACUGCCAGAGACGUCCUUCUACCCUGGUGUGAGUAGCGCUGCAGUAAUCCCAAAGCAAUCUCCAAGCAGACCAUGAAUCCAGUAUAGCUCUUAGAAGAGCUAGUGGUUAUAGCUGUUCCCUACAAUCACGAGACAAGGCUGCUUGUUGAGGGUAAAGUGGACUGAUUUCAAUGGUGCCACACUUGGCCUUUUAUGACAAUCCCCAUGCAAGAGGCAUUCCCACAUGGACCUUGUGAGGGACUACAAUAUACAAUUACAGACCAAUAACAGGGUUCAGUGUAUCACACUCCACAUAAUUUUCAGACAACUUGAAAGUACCCCAAAAACUCACAUAAACUCCAUAAAAAAGUAUGUCACUUGAUAGCCCCGAUCUGGAUGAGCAACAAAUCCAAAAAUCACCUAGAUCGGUUCAGGGUUUCAGAAUUUUUAUGGAAGUCUUAUUUCUGACCGACCGCACACGAGUCUCCUGCCCAGAAUAGAUUUCAGGUUGUGCGGCUGGUCUCUUUCGGGAGCUUCAAUUGCAACGAAAUAUCACAAAUAACUGUACGUGAGAAAGCUAGUCGUGUGCUCCUCGUUCCGGAGUUUGGUUUUAUCAAACGCUGCCUCUUUCGGAUGACUUGGAAUGAACAUAGGUAAUUCUGGAAGUCUCAGCGGUGUUCGGGCCGCUGAGUGUCCGAAAAUAGUUCCAUACACUCGACAACCGCUGGGCGUGUUCGACAAAACAAGAUGGCCUCCGCCUCAUGUUUGUUUAUACGAACGACGGCUACCCAGUGAACCACUUAGAACGUUCAGUGUUGUGGUUAGAGCAAGUGUCAGUAGGGUCUGGUGAGUCAAUUAGAGGCACACGACUGCUCUGGGUGUUACAUUAUUUGGUGUACAAACCAGCUGGGGCAAAUCCGUUUGGUUAGAUUCGUAUACCGAUCCAGGCAAAGCAAAAUAAAACUCCAGGAACAGGGCAUCUGUUACAACACUAAUAAAGAAAAUACCUAAUUAAAUGCAGACAUGUUUUCAUCGAGGUAUCUUCUACAUAGUGCUUUCAAAUAAAUAUAGAUAUAUAUUAUUUUUUUGGGUGGGGAGGGGGGAAUUAUUUGCACAGUGGAGUUUGCCUUUCAUACCUGGGUUUACUCUACAAAUUGCUCAUCCACCUGAUGCACUUGAUUUACGCUCCAUUGCGACAAUUCACUGAUGUCCCCAAAUGCGGGGCUCAAAAGUUCAAACUGGGGCUGGCAGAAUCCUAAAUUCAAAACUUCCUGUCGAAACUAGAAACGUUGAGAAGUUUGUAAAGAGGGGACCUGCUGCUGGCAGUAACUGCUUAUCUCAUGAGAUAAAAUCCAGCAGAAUAAAGUAUGACAGGCCUCUGGCUGGUGCAGCCUCUCCCUGGUUUGGGAAGAGUUUUGCAGAUGCUGGAAGUUUGCUAGUUUCUCUGAUUGGUGCUGUGAGUUUAUUUUCGUCCACAUGAGAGCAUAUCAGGAAAAAGGUUCAACAAUCAACAGUGCUCGUUACAGUGAGAUGCUCACUGAAGCCUAAACUUCAGAUUAAACAAGGACUGCUAUCCAAGACAAUGCUGUUCACACACCUCUGCCCACACUGUCUGUACCGUGCAGAAACUUGGUUUUGAGGUGUUAAAACAUCCUCCCUAUAGUCCUGAUCUUGCUCCAUCAGACGUUCACCUGUGUUCAUCCUCGUUAGGCUACUCUCAGGGGACCAGAUUCACCUCUGAUGGUGAAGUGAAGACAGAGGUGCAUCCGUGGCUCGCAGCUCAGCCCAAAACCAUUUUUAAUGAGGGAAUAAGAAAGUUUGAUAGCUGAAUAAAGUGUAUUGAAAAGCAAGGAGAUUGUCGAAAAAUGAUGGAUUUGUCUUUUCUAAAUGUUAAACAUUGGCACUCCAGACCUUGUAAGUUAUAUCUCCCCUAAUACUUUGCAAGCAUUUUGGGAGAUGUAGUCCACAACAUCUGGUACCAAAGGUUGAAUAUAUUAUAAAGUAGCACUGACUGACACACACACUGAGUACUUCAUAAGAUAUCAACAACAUGAAAUGCGCGUUUUGACUGGGUUGUAAUUAAUCGAGAUAUACAAAGACAAAGUAGGAACUCCUCCAUCUGACUUUCUUAGACUCAAGGCAAAGUAAGAGUCACUCCUAACAGCUGCAGGGUAUUGGCUGCAUCUAUGGAGGAUCAUGCUGGAUCCUCAUAGACUUCCAUGCUGUACUCUCACACAUGCGCAAGAGUACAGCAGUGACAUUGGCUCAGAAAAGCAGCAUGAGAAAGAUGGCGGCACCUCUCCUUAUCUGUCCAUCCACCCCCUUCCAAGUCACCGGAUCCCCAGUGGCAAGGGACUUUGCGAAUGCACUGUGACGGUUCCGCCUUAAAAAGUGCUGAAUGUGGAGCUCUUUGUGUAUUUGAUCCAGGAUGAAAGAUUCUGGAUAGAACGGCAGUUUGGGUACAUUUGUAUCUUAUAAAAGGGGUUUCUGUAUGUGUGAGAUAUUGGAUUGGGCCUGACUAUUACAAUAUGUUGGUUACUAAUCCUUGACAUAUCAUGUCUUUAUGUUCCCAGAUCACUACGAUGAGGCACACCCCAGUUCAGCGCCACCUGCCUCCAUUCUCCCUCUUGCCCCCAGGAAGACGGGAUAAGCUAUUCCAGGGCCGGAGGGAAGAAAGAUGGAGGCCAGAAGAAGAUGAUGAGGAAGAGGAGAUGAGCUUUAGGUCAUGCACACCUCCUCCCAGACAACACAGAGGAAGGCGGCAGAAACUGCGCGCUCUUCGCGCUCUCUACCUUCGCCUCUAUAAGCGCUCUGUUACACUGCCUUUUUAUUGGAAACUUUGGGGAGGCCUGGGGGUUCGGAGGAGGCGCCCAGUCUUCAGGAGAAGGGAAGGGGGGGGUUCAGUUGGGAUUGAAGUGGGAAAGACACAACAUGUGGAAGGCAUCCUGGAAACUGGAUCGGAGGCAAAUCAUUUAGCAGUAACUUCAGGUGAGAAGAUGUUUACCAUUAUCUCCAUACCUAUUUCAACCCCUGCUCUUUUCCCACCACCAAACUCUGUCCCGAAAGCGGGCUCCAAUUCCCAGCCUCAACACACUGUUGUCUCUCUUGUCAAUUCAGGCCCCCCUCCUGGACUCCCCAAUGGAUUCUCUCCCCUCCCCUCAGAUCAUGGCUCCAUCCUCAUCACAAAUGUGUGCAGCAUGGGGAACCAAGACAGCCAUACCUCCAAUGGGCCACACGCACAGGAUGACCUAUCUCCACCUCCUGAAAAAGAGCCUCCCACGGCGCUCACAGAGGAACAUGUGGCGUGUGUACAAAGUGAGUUUAUUACCUAGAGUCUGCUGAUUACAGCUCCAUCAUCCCUGGCUGGAGUGGGGGGGUGUAGUUGCAGAUUAAGCUAUAUUGUUAUUUGUGAGUGUAUGUUCUUCAUUCGCUUUCCAUUACUGGAACCCAAUCCUUGAAUAUGGUUAGUUCUAUGCUCUCUGUCCCCUUCUAGGACUCAGGGCCAGCCUUUCCCUAUUCCAGACUUAACUCUCCUUUAGCCAGUACAAGCAUUCUUCUCCUGACCUCCAGUACUCGUGGCGGCAGCCUUCCCCUAAACCCUCCAGUACUCGUGGCGGCAGCCUGCCCCUCUAGUACUCGUGGCGGCAGCCUUCCCCUGGCCCUCCAGCACUAGCGGCGGCAGCCUUCCCCUGCCCCUCCAGUACUAGUGGUGGCAGCCUUCCACUGCCCCUCCAGUAAUAGCGGCGGCAGCCUUCCCCUGCCCCUCCAGCACUAGCGGCGGCAGCCUUCCCCUGGCCCUCCAGCACUAGCGGCGGCAGCCUUCCCCUGGCCCUCCAGCACUAGCGGCGGCAGCCUUCCCCUGGCCUUCCAGCACUAGCGGCGGCAGCCUUCCCCUGGCCCUCCAGCACUAGCGGCGGCAGCCUUCCCCUGGCCCUCCAGCACUAGCGGCGGCAGCCUUCCCCUGGCCUUCCAGCACUAGCGGCGGCAGCCUUCCCCUGGCCCUCCAGCACUAGCGGCGGCAGCCUUCCCCUGGCCCUCCAGCACUAGCGGCGGCAGCCUUCCCCUGGCCCUCAAGCACUAGCGGCGGCAGCCUUCCCCUGGUCCUCCAGCACUAGCGGCGGCAGCCUUCCCCUGGCCCUCCAGCACUAGCGGCGGCAGCCUUCCCCUGGCCCUCCAGCACUAGCGGCGGCAGCCUUCCCCUGGCCCUCCAGCACUAGCGGCGGCAGCCUUCCCCUGGCCCUCCAGCACUAGCGGCGGCAGCCUUCCCCAUUCUCCAUUCUUUCUAGCUCCACUAGUGUUUUCCAGGUUCCAUUGCUAGCAUUGUCUUUACUGUGGUUUUUCCCUCCCCGUGCCUGGCAGCAGUGUUGUCCUUUUCUAUCCUUCUCAUUCAUACCCCCCAGUACCAGCCUUGACCUUUCUUCCUCCUGUACCUAGCAAUGCCUCCAGUAUCCAAUGCCAGCUUUGUCCAUUCUGUCUUAUUCCUCGUUUUUAGCAUACACCUUGUCCAACAGGUUUUCUCGACCAGUUUCUCCAUACAUAUGGGAGCCUCAUACCUGUUGGAACCGAGGAGGUCAUGGAAAAGCUUGAAGAUGUUUUUCAACAAUCGUUUUCUACACCUGCAAGGUAAUGCUAUGUAACGGCAAAUAACCAGCGGUUGGGAGACUAUCACGAUGUUUAAUAGUCCUAGCACCACACAUGGUAUUGGCAGAAUAUGUCCGAGGGCUCCUGGCAUUCGAGAAGCAAAGCCUUUCAGUAUCUUUAUGGACUACGUAUUGUAAUAAAUCUAGGCUCGAGAAACCGUGAGUAAAAUACCAUCUCUGGGCAGGAGGAAGUUCCUUACAUGUUGUCAUUGUGAGCAGAGAGAAUGCCACUGAUUUAUAGACAAAGCUACAGUUUGAAAAUGCUGUUUUUAUGAAAGGUGUAUGUAUGUGUAUAUGUAUAUGUAUGUAUGUAUAUAUAUAUAUAUAUUAUAAUUUUUUUUUUUUUUUUUAUUACUUAGUCUUCUGUUAUAAGAGAGAUGUGGAUUGAUUGAACCCUUAUAUUUUAAACAAUUUCUUCUGCUUUCUUCAGGAAAGUAGUUGUGCAGCAUUUAAUCCAAUCAUACCAGCGUCUUCCUGGGAAUGCCUUGGUACGCAGCUUCCGUGUUACAUACAAGAGACAUGUUCUAAGCAUGGACGAUUUGGGGACUCUGUAUGGGCAGAACUGGCUCAAUGACCAGGUACUCAAACAGGGCUGUGCGGCAGGAUGGCGGUUUAGUGGCAGCUGUGUGUGGGGUCAGUACGGGAAUAGCAGAGAGAGUUGCAGGGCAGUAUGGAGGUCUAGUGACAGCUGUGUGUGGGGUCAGUACAAGAAUAGCAGAGAGAGCUGCAGUGCAGGAUGGAGGUGCAGUGACAGAGCUGUGUGUGGGGUCAGUACAGGAAUAGCAGAGAGAGCUGCAGUGCAGGAUGGAGGUGCAGUGACAGAGCUGUGUGUGGGGUCAGUACAGGAAUAGCAGAGAGAGCUGCAGGGCAGGAUGGAGGUGUAGUGACAGAGCUGUGUGUGGGGUCAGUACAGGAAUAGCAGAGAGAGCUGCAGGGCAGGAUGGAGGUGUAGUGACAGAGCUGUGUGUGGGGUCAGUACAGGAAUAGCAGAGAGAGCUGCAGGGCAGGAUGGAGGUGCAGUGACAGAGCUGUGUGUGGGGUCAGUACAGAAAUAGCAAAGAGAGCUGCAGGGCAGGAUGGAGGUGCAGUGACAGAGCUGUGUGUGGGGUCAGUACAGGAAUAGCAGAGAGCUGCAGGGCAGGAUGGAGGUGCAGUGACAGGGCUGUGUGUGUGUAGUCAGUACAGGAAUAGCAGAGAGCUGCAGGGCAGGAUGGAGGUGCAGUGACAGAGCUGUGUGUGGGGUCAGUACAGGAAUAGCAGAGAGAGCUGCAGGGCAGGAUGGAGGUGCAGUGACAGAGCUGUGUGUGGGGUCAGUACAGGAAUAGCAGAGAGAGCUGCAGGGCAGGAUGGAGGUGCAGUGACAGAGCUGUGUGUGGGGUCAGUACAGGAAUAGCAGAGAGAGCUGCAGGGCAGGAUGGAGGUGUAGUGACAGAGCUGUGUGUGGGAGUUCAUAAACCUAUUCCCAAUUCGCUGCAACAAAAUUGGAAAAAGCAGUGAUUUUAAUUUUUCUUUUAGGUAAUGAACAUGUAUGGAGAUUUAGUAAUGGAUGCUGUACCAGACAAGGUUAGUAUAUCUAGUAUAGCACCAAAACAAUUUAGUUUAUUGAAGUAGUUAUGGUGUAUAGAUCAUGCCCCUGCAGUCUCACUGUCCAAUUAUCUGCCAUUUGAGUUACAGCACUGUAGUUUAUGCAGUCCCAGUCACAAAAUGGUUUAAUUUUCAAUGCCAUCUUACGGCACAAUGUGUUUAUUUUAGAAGUUUUUUUUUUAAGUUUUUUUUUUUAUGGACUUUGAAUUUAACUCUAAACACACACAGGACGCUUUAGCAGGAAAUAAGCAAGUCUACAUUAAACACACUCUGUCAUAAGGGAAGCUAAAGAAAUAUUCUAACCAUUUUUCAUGGAGUGUGUAGGGAGACGGAGUCUCAGGCAAGGGAGUUCUGGGUUGGACUUUAGUGAUUUAACACCUAAAUGGCAGAGCAUUAAGCCGUGAGAUGGCAGGGGUGUGAUUUAUACACCAAAACUGCUUCAUUAAGAAAAAGUUGCUUUGCUUAGAAUGUUCCUUUAAAUCCUAAAAUGAUUGUUUUGGAAUUUGUCAGUGCUGGUGGGGAAGUCAGGGGGUCCACGUGUUCUGUUGCUGCUGGUGGGGAAGUCAGGGGGUCCACGUGUUCUGUUGCUGCUGGUGGGGAAGUCAGGGGGUCCACAUGUUGUCUUGCUUCUGGUGGGAGGUCAGGGAGUCCACAUGUUCUCUUGCUGCUGGUGGGGAGGUCAGGGGGUCCACGUGUACUGCUGGUGGGGAGGUCAGGGGGUCUGUGAGUUCUGUUGCUGCUGGUGGAGAGGUCAGGGAGUCCACAUGUUCUCUUGCUGCUUGUGGGGAGGUCAGGGGGUCCGUGAGUUCUGUUGCUGCUGGUCAGGGGGUCCGUGAGUUCUGUUGCUGCUGGUCAGGGGGUCCGUAGGUUCUGUUGCUACUUGUGGGGAGGUCAGGGGUCCACAUGUACUGCUGGUGGGGAGGUCAGGGGUCCGUGGAGUUCUGUUGCUGCUGGUGGGGAGGUCAGGGGGUCUGUGAGUUCUGUUGCUGCUGGUCAGGGGUCCGUGGGUUCUGUUGCUGCUUGUGGGGGAGUCAGGGGUCCAUGUACUGCUGGUGGGAGGUCAGGGGUCCGUGAGUUCUGUGUGCUGCUGGUGGGGAGGUCAGGGGGUCCGUGAGUUCUGUUGCUGCUGGUGGGGAGGUCAGAGGUCCGUGAGUUCUGUUGCUGCUGGUGGGGAGGUCAGGGGGUCCGUGAGUUCUGUUGCUGCUUGUGGGGAGGUCAGGGGGUCCGUGAGUUCUGUUGCUGCUGGUGGGGAGGUCAGGGGGUCCGUGAGUUCUGUUGCUGCUGGUGGGGAGGUCAGGGGGUCCGUGAGUUCUGUUGCUGCUGGUGGGGAGGUCAGGAGUCCAUGUGUUCUGUUGUUGCUGGUGAGGAGUUGACUUAAUAUGACAUGGCAUUCCACAGGUUCACUUCUUCAAUAGCUUCUUCUAUGACAAGCUGCGAACAAAAGGAUAUGAAGGAGUUAAGCGCUGGACUAAAAAUGUAAGCAUGUUUUCCACUUGUACUGUCUCUACUUCCCACCACCUAAUUUCCUUCUCAUACCUGCUAUCUCUUAGAUCUGACCAGUGUCAUCUACUCCACCCCUCUCUGUGUAACUGUCACCUACGUGAACUUAUUCUCCCUAGUGCUCCGUCUGCCUGUACUCAUCAUGAUCCAUCUUCUCCUGCAAUCUCCCUGCCUGCAUAAACCUGCUCCGCCUGACUCCCCCGCUGCAAUAUACCUGCCUGGUGUCUAGACCGUUUUGGUCCAUUCCUUGUGACUGGUUUUUGUCAUGUCUUCUUUCACCAGGUUGAAAUAUUUAACAAACAGCUGCUCCUAAUUCCCAUCCACUUGGAGGUUCACUGGUCCCUGGUGUGUGUGGAUGUUUCCAGGCGAACAGUCACUUACUUUGAUUCCCAGCGCACGCUGAACAGACGUUGCCCAAAGGUAAACCCACCCAGCUUGUAUAGCCGUCGCACAAGGCUCCCACACUGCUAACACUGAGUUUUGAAUUUUUCAGCAGUAAUUGCCCUUCAGGUAACGGUUAGCACAUUGCACAUCCUAGCUUUUAAUGGCUGGCCCCUAGUGUUGGCUAUUACACAUCCUAGCUUACAAUGGCUGUCCCCUAGCGUUAGCCAUUACACAUCCUAGCUUACAAUAGCUGGCCCCUAGCGUUGGCUAUUACAUAUCUUAGCUUACAAUGGCUGGCCCUUAGCGUUGGCCAUUACACAGCAGGAAAGCAACACACCAACGAGUAGCAUUGUUUUACUUUUCCAAAUUGUAUGAACAUACAACAUUCCCAGCUUACUGCAAUCAUUCCCAUACAUGCUUGAUUGAGUACCUCACUAAAGAUACUACAGAUUACCAGCGACCGAAGAGUCAAUCAUUCCAGAACAUGGAAAUUCACUUUAGAAACUCCUAUUUUCUUUCAUACUGAAGCCAUAAAGCUCAUUUGUGAAAUCGUCCAAUCGUAUCCACAUUGACUGAACAUUCUCCUUCGCAGCACAUAGCCAAAUAUCUCCAGGCUGAGGCCAUUAAGAAGAACCUGCCAGAGUUUGCCAACGGUUGGAAGGGCUUAUUCAAGAUGGUGAGAUAUGGGACAUAGAAUGGCUUCCCACUUCCGGUUACUUUCCUCCUUCUAAUGGCUUAUGUUUCCCCUUUCAGAACAUUGCAAGACAGAAUAACGACAGUGAUUGUGGGGCGUUUGUAUUGCAGGUGAGAGUGGCCCCAUUACCCUGUGAACCUUAGGAAUUUUAUGAUUUGGUGGUAAAUUAUUUUUUACCUUAUUUCUAUUUCUUUGUGUUAGUACUGCAAGUACCUGGCGCUUGGUCUCCCGUUCUCGUUCGGCCAGCAGGAUAUGCCCAAACUUAGACGUCAGAUCUACAAAGAGCUGUGUCACUGCAAGCUGACUGUAUGAGGGCGCCCCCCCAGGAGGGAUUAAUGUCUGGACUGAGCCAGAAUCCAGCUCUGCAGAAGUGUUUACCUCCCUCCCUAGUAGGAGCUGCCUGUGGGUGGAGGGUCUGCUCUGCUUACAACUUGCUGGAACUUCGUGGAGCAUAUGGUCUGUCUCUGCCGAUACUUUGCAGGUCCCCCACCUGUAUGUUGGACUGAAGUGAGACCACCAUUUUUCUUCAUUUUUUUUUUUUUUGUUUGUUUUGUUAAUCUCCUUUUUCCCUGGUACUCGUGCAGACCCAGUCCUCUGACCUGCAGAGCCUUUCCUUUGGCUCGUCCCAUGUUGCUUUUUCAAAAAGCAGUUCCCUACCUUUUGUUUUCUGUUUUUGUUUUUUUACUGUUUUUGUUUUUUUUCAUAUUUAAAUGUUUUCUGGGAAAAAAUGUAGUUUCUUUUUUUUUUUUGUCAAGAAAAGUAAGAGAAGUAAAAAUGAAUAAAAAAAAUGUUCUAUAGAAACGUGGUGUGUAUUGUAGUGGUG